GCCCGCCGGGGCACUGGCGGAGCACCCAGCCUCCACUCAUGACGCGAAUCCAGGGCUCUCAACGCUAAAAACGUCUUAGGCGGUACAAGCCCGAAGCCCAGACUAAUCUUUCCAAAGGAAAGGGGGGCAUGAUCAGCACCCGAUUCCUGUUUGGUGACCUCCUCUAGAAUAGAUAGGAGACUUUAAUUGGACGACUUUCGCAAUAACCAGCUUCAGAUCCUAAAAAGAGAGCGAAGAAUCAGCGGCCAAAGCUAACGCUCCAUACCCACACUUCAUCCUCCUCACCCUUUCCUUCCAGGCCAUGUCUGCAGGCAAAGACACCGCUUGGGGGUCAGCAGUGGGGGAGGAGGUCUGGGCGGGAUCAGGAGUGGAGGUGGAGGGCGCAGAGCUACCAACCUUCUCAGAUGCAGCCAAAGUCCGAGUGGGAGUGACCAUUGUGCUCUUUGUUUCUUUCGCUGGAAGGAACCUGGCAGUGCUGUGGUCAGUGACUGGGCCGCAACCCAGCCAGCUCCGUCCCUCUCCAGUCCGGAUACUCUUCGCCCAUUUAGCAGCUGCCGACUUACUGGUCACUUUUGUGGUUAUGCCCCUAGAUGCUACCUGGAAUGUUACUGUGCAAUGGCUGGCCGGAGACAUCCCACGUCCGACACUUAGGUUCCUGAAACUAACGGCCGUGUAUGCCGCAGCUUUCCUGCCUGGUAUUGGGCUCCACCGCCAGGCGGCAGUACUCAUCCCUCUUGGGUCCGGUUCAGGUGGAAGGAAACUUCUGGGGACAGCCUGGGGACUUAGUUUCCUGCUUGCCUUGCCCCAGCUGUUCCUGUUUCACACUGUCCACCGAGCUGGCCCAGUCCCCUAGUGUGUCACCAAAUGGAGCUUCAAGGCUCAAUGGCAAGAAACCACCUAUAAUCUCUUCACCUUCUGCUGCCUUUUUCUGCUACCACUGACUGUCAUGGCCAUCUGCUAUAGCCAUAUUGUCCUCAGUGUGUCCAGUCCCCAGACCACAAGGGGGAUCCAUGGUGAGAGUCCAAUUUAGUUCCCAGGUCUUAAUCCUUACCACUAACAUCAUUUAUUUAUCAAUCUGCCUGAUAUCUGUCAGUCACUAACCCAAAGUGACAUGCUAACUAUAUUUCUAUCACUGAUGCUGAAGAAUUUAUUGAAUGCCCUUAACUCUAAACUGCCUCUAGCUAAAUUGAGUAAACUGAGCAAAUAUUGGAAAGAGAGGUGAUCAGUAUUCUUUUAUUCUUAAACACCAAGUGUUAAAUAGAUUUGGUGGCUUAAUCUAAUACACCACUUCAAUCAAAACCUUUUCUCCACUGGGUGUCAGAGAAAGGUUCAUGCCUGUAAUCCUAGCUACUCAAGAGAUAGAGAUCAGGAGGAUGGUGGCUUGAAGCCAGCCCCAGGCAAAUAGUUC